AUGACUACCCGAUCAACAUGUUUCCUCUUCAUUCUAGGCAUCCUUACCGACGCCGUGACAGCGGCAAUCUACGGCUGUUCCGGCGACAACUACACCACCAAAGGCACAUACAGCACCAACCUCAACUCUCUAAUCUCAUCUUUUCCACCAAACAUACAACACAACGGAUUCUACAACGGCACAGCCGGCCAAGCCCCGGACCGAGCCUACGCCACCGCGCUCUGCAGAACCGAUUUCCAGCUGGAGGAGUGCCGCACCUGCCUCCGUGAAGCCUCCCCGGAGCUUCUCCGGUUGUGCCCCAACCGAAGACAGGGCAUCCUGUACAAUGACGCAUGCACGCUGCGCUACUCCGACGAGUCACUUGCCGACGGCGCCGGAGCUGAUUCCGACUUUAUUUCUGUCCGGAAUGUAAAUACUGUAAAGAGUCCCGAUGAAUUCAACCGGGAACUGCGGGAGCUGCUGAAGGAUCUUCGCGGUGAGGCAGUCGCGGGAGGGCCGUUGAUGAAGAUCGCGGCGGGGAAUGUGACAGCGGUGGAUUUUCAGAUAAUUUUCGUGCUGGUGCAGUGCGCGCCAGAUCUGUCACCGUUUGGCUGUGAAAAUUGUUUGAUCAGCUCUGAGCAGCAACUCUGUUGUGAUAACAGCACGGAAAUGGUAGUAUAUAUGCCCGCCUGUCAUCUCAAAUAUAGUCUCAGUUCCUUUUACAACAUCACUAGGAUUCAACAAGUGCGACAGAUCAUAUCAAAUCUCCCUCCUCCAUCACCGCCAGGCAACGGUGAUGUUGUAAAGACUAUAAGCAUCAUUCUUGUUCCCAUUUUCAUGGCUCUGCUUCUCGUUUGUGUUGGUCGAUACGUCAGAAAGAGGUUCAACAAGAAAUCCAACCAAUUAAUAUUACAUGGAUCAUAUCUGGAGGAACUGGAAGAUGUAACAAGUAUUGUCAGUGCUGAAGAAUCCCUUUUAUACGAUUACGAAGACCUUGGGUCUUGGAAUCCGGCGGCAUUUGGCCGAGAGAAAGUGAGGGAUGGGGAGGAAAGUGAGGAAGGAGAGAGAUUUUGUUUAAAGAUCCGAUCUUUUCCCGCUCCUGCUGGAGGCCCGUGCAUAGCACGAGUGUUAAUACUAGUUAGUAACAAACUUGGACAAGGAGGAUUUGGUGCAGUUUAUAAGGGAAAACUUCAAAGUGGCCAACAAAUUGCAGUCAAAAGGUUGUCAACAAAUUCAAGCCAAGGAGAAUUAGAGUUCAAGAAUGAAGUAGUGUUAAUAAUCAAGCUUCAACAUAGAAAUUUGGUAAGGUUGUUGGGAUUCUCAAUACAAGGAUUGGAGAGGCUUCUAGUCUAUGAAUUUGUUCAAAAUGGAAGUCUAGACUGCUUUAUUUUUGAUCCAGUUAAGCGUUUGCUUAUUAGUUGGGAGAGUCGGUACAAGAUCAUAAAGGGCAUUGCCAAGGGACUUGUUUAUCUGCAUGAAGGGUCCCCUCUGCGUAUAAUUCAUCGUGAUCUCAAAGCGAGCAAUGUACUCCUAGAUGGGGACAAAAACCCUAUGAUCUCAGAUUUUGGUAUGGCGAGAUUGUUUCGAGAUGAUCAAACACGAUCCAAUACACACAGGAUCGUGGGAACCUAUGGAUACAUGGCACCAGAAUAUGCACAGAACGGGGAUUUCUCGAUUAAAUCCGAUGUGUUUAGCUUCGGAGUGCUGGUGCUGGAGAUUAUCUGUGGACAAAGUACCAGUAGUUUCAAAAAUGUGGAAAAUGGAGAGGACAUACCAUACAUGCUUAGUUAUGUUUGGAAAAACUGGUUUGCGGGAAGUGCAAACAAGUUUAUCGACCCCACAUUGAUGUCUUCUUCGACCUCUCUCCGUGAUAUGAUGAGAUGUAUUCAUAUCGGUUUGUUGUGCGUUCAGAAAAAUGCAAGGGAUCGACCGACCAUGGCUUCUGUUUUGGUAAUGCUUCAUAGCUCCACUACGAUUUUUCCAAUGCCUCUGAAGCCGGCAUUUUUCGUCCCAGGUGACGAGGAGCACAUGAGAAGAUCCUCGGAGAUCAAAGAGUUAUCCAGAAAUGAAGCAUCGAUAACUGAUUUAUAUCCGCGUUAA